AUGGAUGUCGGAAUUUAAUAUCAGUUCGUUCCCCUCAAGCAGCUAGCAGCUUCUUCUUCUUCUUCUUCAGCCUGAGAUUUGUCAAACUGGUGUCGGAAUUUAAUAUCAGUGCGUUCUCCUCAAGCAGCUAGCAGCUUCUUCUUCUUCUUCCUUUUCUUCUUCUUCUUCACCAAAUAACCAGCCUGCCACGGCGACUGCAACAUCCUUUUCAAGGCUACUCGGCCGGCGGCUGCAACAUCGCCAGCACCGCAAGCAAGCUGGGGGAGGGAGGAGCUCGUAUUACCGAGCAACUCCUAUCUGAAAGGUUUUGGAGUGAUUUGAGAUGGACGAUGAACAGGGUGCUUUCUCCGUCCUGGAGAACAAGCUACGCAAUAAUAACGCGGAGCCAACUGAUCUACCGUUGUCUCUUUUCAAAUCAAUCACAAGAAAUUUCUCGGAUGAUCUAGAAAUCGGAAGAGGCGGUUUCGGAGUGGUUUACAAGGGAGUGCUUCGCAGUGGGGUGGUCGUUGCUGUGAAGAAGCUCUCCGAUCAUCUAAUCGAAGACAAGUCGUUUCAGGAGGAGGUUGCUUGUCUGAUGAGGACCAAGCACAAAAAUAUAGUACAGUUCCUAGGCUACUGUGCAGAUACACAAGGGAAAAUGAUGGAGCAUGAGGGGAGAUAUGUCCUUGCUGAUGUCCGAGUAAGGCUGUUAUGCUUCGAGUAUAUAUGUAAUGGGAGUCUUUACAGCGGUCUUACAGUUGAAUCUGGUGGACUUGGAUGGCGUGAACGUUACAAAAUAAUUAAGGGAGUUUGUCAAGGUCUGUGCUAUCUUCACGAGGAAGAGAACAUUGUUCACUUGGAUCUGAAGCCUGGAAACAUAUUACUUGACCAUAAUAUGAUGCCGAAAAUUUCCGAUUUUGGUCUGUCAAGACUCUUUGAUAAACAACAAACUCGAAUUAUCACUUCAAACCGUUGGGGGUCGAGGGGAUAUAUGGCACCAGAGUACUUAGAUGAUGGGAUAAUCACACUCAAGGCAGACAUAUACAGUUUAGGAGUGAUAAUCCUAGAGAUUAUAACAGGGAAAAAGACUUUACCCAAGGUUGAAAAUGUACAUGAAAUCUGGAAGAACAGGCUAGAGGCAACAUUGAGCCAUUCAUUACUGCAAGCAUACUGCCAUCAAGUAAAGACAUGUGUCGAGGUUGCAUUAAACUGUGUGGAAUUCGACAGACAAAAAAGGCCCAAUAUAGGGGAAAUUAUCAGUAUGCUGAACGAAACAGAAACUGGUUGCCAAGAAGAAGAAACUGUGACAUCCACUGAACUGCUCGAGAUCCAGCCCCUAGAGCUCCGAUUCCCCUUCAAGCCAAACGAGUUGAUCCCAUGCUCAGUGCACCUAACCAACCGCACAGAUUACCGUGUAGCAUUCAGACUUCGGCCUGGGAAUCCAAAGAGGUACUUCACUGAGUGGCUCUGCGGUGUCGUGCCACCAAAUUGCACUUACACGCUCACUGUGAUGAUGAAAGAACAGCAGCAGCAGCCACAGGAUCCGGACAAGUUUCUGAUCCAACAGAGCAGCCUAAUGGAUGACAACCAGCUUAUCUAUAUCGUACAAGGAAAAGCUGACAUCGAGUUUAAUAAUUUUUUUACGGAAGUUGAAAAGACGGGUGUUGAUAGGGUGCAUAAGCUGAUGCUGAUGCCUGUCUCUGACCCACAAGCAGAGACCACCUCUGUGGUCAUAUCAACGGAGAAUUUUACUAAAAUGGUUUCCAUGGAUGUGCAUCCAACAGAGUCAUGGAUUGUAACCGGUCAUUUCAACGGGAACGUCUGCAUUUGGAACUAUCAGACAAAGGCAAUGGUAAAUAUGUUUGAAGUCACAAGGGAAAAGGAAGUUUUGACGGUUAAAUUUAUUGCAAGAAAGCACUGGGUUGUGGCUGGAGAUGGUGAUGGUUGCAUCCAUGUGUACAAUUAUAAUAAAGCGGAGAGAGUCCAGAAAUUUAAGGCUCUUAGCGAACAGAUCACUUCUUUGGCUAUUCAUCCAACUGAGCCUUAUGUACUGUCAGCAUCCUAUGACUUCGAAAUCAAGCUGUGGGACUGGGAAAAUGACUGGAACUCCACACGAAAAUUUGAAGAGGAGCACUCUGACUCUGUGAUGCAGGUAGUCUUUAACGCCAAGGAUGCCAAAGCUUUUGCUAGUGUUUCCAAGGACAAGUCACUUAAGAUCUGGAGUGUUGAUUCUCCUUAUGCUAACCUCACAUUGAAAGAACAUACAUCCCACGUGAGAUGUUUGGAUUACUUUACUCGUGGUGAUAAGCAAUACUUGAUUACAGGCUCCGAUGAUGGGACUGCCAAGAUUUGGGACUUGCAAAAGAAGAGUUGUGUUGAAACACUCAAAGGACAUGCAAAUAGAGUCAGUGCUGUAUGUUCCCAUCCGGAGCUUCCAAUACUGAUGACAGGUUCUCGUGACGGGACUGUUCGUCUUUGGAGCACCAAUAGCUUCAGGCUUGAGGGCAUACUUAACUUUGGUCUCAGAAAAGUCCAUGCAUUAGCAUGUACGAAGGACUCAAGAAGGGUUGUUAUUGGACACAACCAUGGAUUAGCAAUUACGGAGAUUGACCAUCAUGGACGUUGUUAGUGUUGACAGCAAUGAAAGGGACGAGCUGCAUGAGGAAAUUUCACCUGUUCAUGCCAAGUUAUUUCUGCCAAGCCCCUUUGCGGUCACUACUCUCUUUCUGUUCACUUUCCUGUUAUUAUUGACCAUCCUGUUUCACUUUGCGGUCACCUUUGCCAAGUUAUUCUUCUUUCAGUCUGCAUGCUUACAAUUUUUAGAGGCGGCCAAAAAAAAAAAUGCAUCGAUGACGACAUCAAGAAAAGAAGUUAUUAAAAUAGGAUCCAAAGGUCCGGGCAAUGAUAUCAAUACUUGAGAUAUUUAGACUUGCGAUUUACUAUAUCGGGUUGUUGUAGAAGACUUGUCUGGUUGUUGUACAAGAUGAUUUGAUUUGUUCAUCAAUGUCUCUGUAUUACUCUGUACAUGAAAACAAAAAACGAGAAAAAUAAGAAUGGAUCUUUUUGCA